AUGCGGGGCGGCGGCGGCUUCCUUCUUGCCUCGGCGCUGCUGGUGCUGCUGUGCCUGCCGUGUGCCGUGCCCGCCGUCGCCGCACAGGCCGUUUCCAAGUCGCAGCACAUCCUCGUGUUUGGGGGCUCCGCGUGGGGCUCCGUGCUGGAGGAAAAGGGGGCGGAGGUCCAGCGGGCCAUCGUCGAAGACGUUGGGCCCCAGCUGCUGCGCAAGUACGCCUUCGUGACCAUCAUCAACGUGAGCUCCCUGCAAGCCGACAAACGCCUCGAGGCUCGCCUCACCGUGCUGCAGGCCGCGCGGGGCAAUAGUUCCGGCUCCCGGCUCCUGCACAUUUGGCCGCCGGAUGAAGUCAAUUCUAUGAUCAAUCAGUGUGCCUUCAAAAAAACGCUGGCGAUCCACACACCGUCGGGGGAGGCAAACCUCAUCAGCGUGCAACUCGAGGAAAAACUCGUAAAGAGCAUGGCCGAAGAAGCUUUUCGCAGGGAACUGACCUUGUUAGGUUGCGUCGCUGUCGCUGCCAUGGGGCUGGUGCUGUUUGUUGUGCUUUGCUGGAUGUGCUUCCUUUGCUGUUGCAGCAAAAGCGCCGAAAGGAGCGUGCGGCCCUAUCCGGAGUAG